AUGCCUACGGAAGAGCCAAUUGAUAUGCUAAAUGACACUCUGAAGGAGAUCGCCUUCAGAUCGAAAAAUCAGAAUAAGUUCAAAAGAUUGGCACGCACCACGCAUUUCAAUUUGAGGGAAGUUGAAGCCUUGGCGAUUAUUCAUCGUAAAUGCAUACAAACGCAGGGUACGAUGACUAGAUUGGUGUUUCGAGAUCUCUUUCAUUUAGGGUUCGAUUUCACGGAGAAUAUUCGUCAUUUGCUGAUCGACAGAAUAUUUUCUCUGUUUGACAAGCGUAAUGCUUUGCAGAUACAUUUCGAUCAAUGGAUCGAGGGUCUUUCGGUCAUCUUCCGUGGAAAUUUGGACGAGAAGAUCAACUUUGCUUACAAAGUGUACGACAAUAUGAGGACUCAAAAGUUGAAGAAGGAGCACAUAUUUCCCAUAAUGCGUGGGUGUUUGAUUAAACUACAGAACAACGAGAAUCCUGAUGAAGCUGUAAAGGAUUUGAUAGAUCUAUUGAUGAAGAAGUUGGACCUCGAUCGUGACGGUACAAUUUCAGAGGAAGAUUUCAAAACUGCUGUAAAGGAACGAAAUCAGCUUCUUCUAGAAUGCAUGGGACCAGUGUUUCCCUCCAGAGAAGCUCGUCACGCAUUUUUCAGCACUUUCACAGAUCACUUAGGAAGAUACUGA